AUGACGACGGCUGGAUUGAAAACCAUUAUCGCACUCUCUUUCAUCCUUGCCAUAGGAUUUCUCCUGGUCAUCCUCUCCGCCGCAUUAUUUCACAACUUCCUCACCCUCCUUGUGGUCGCAACUUAUGUGUUGGCGCCCGUACCUAACUGGAUCGCAUCGAGAUGCGCCAACCCAGAUGACUUCAUUGAGAGUAACUCUGGCGCAUGGAUCGACUUGGGCCGAUUUGCGACGGGGUUCCUUGUGCUUAUGGGCAUUGCUCUGCCCGUCCUCCUUGCACAUUCAGCGCUCAUCCAAGUGCCGGCGAUGGUCAUGUCAAUCAUUGGUGGGCUACUGAUUUAUGGAACCAUUAUCAGCUUCACCCAAUUUUUCAAGGAGGAACAGGACUUCUGA